AGCUGAAAAGGUAGAUGGGUGGAAACCGGCAUGGAUCAAGCGUGAAAAGAUCGCAUAUCGCCGACCGCGUUUCGCACAUGUUCGGAUGCUUCUGGAAGCCUGGAAUUGGGCCAAAAAGGAGGCAUCUUGCCGCCGUGUGACCUCCGCGAAAAAGGUUCAACCUUGUUGUCGCCCCGGGCCACUUCCGCCCUUCCGGCACGCUUUACUGCAGUUGUAGGUGUCGCGUGCAGACGUGCAGAAGCGCAUGGCAGCGGAUCCAUGUCCACCAUUUUCCCCCCUGGCAUUAGUCAGGGGUUCGGGGACCAACCCCGUCCAUGCCGUACCGUUCCAUGCACGACGACACCACCGAGGCAUGCCUAAUACGGCUGCCUUUUGUUCCCGAAGGGAUAACUCCGGAGCUGAAAAAAUGAUGCAUCGUGCAUCCAAAAGUCCCUCAGCCGCCCAACACAACGUCUGGAUCCCCCAGACCCCAGCGCCGCCAAGCAGCAUUCGCGGCAGAAGCAGAGACUGCAACAGACGGCCCGGGGUUACAGUCUGUACGCCAGUGCGGGCGGGCACCUAUGCCACUCACAGAGCAGCGGCGUCAGCUCGCUUUUCACCCAAAGAGACAGACGGACGCAUCGGCGAGACAGAAAAGGACAAACGAGUGCAGGCGGCAUGCACUGCGCCGUCAAGAUUAGAUCAACUGUUACCACCAAGCGUCCUGUUCGGGGUCGGGAGGACAAGGCAGAUUGGACCGUCGCAUCCUCUCCACUUUUGCCAAGGUGUGCGUUUGUGUGACGAAAAAAGAAGGCUCCGGUGCCAUGCCGCUAUAGUACAUAGCUGGCUGGUUAGCAGAGUUUGUUUGUUGGAAUUUUCAUGAUACAACAUGAUGAGGGUGUUACCCAGGCAAGUCGUUCAAAGAAAAGACUACACACGGGCUCUCCAAAAAAAAAAAGGGUGAUCGUGUG